CCAGCCACUCAAAGCUAGCAAACGUUAUCCACGGUAGUGUAACUGGUUGCACCAAAAACAGAGCAAACCCCCUGCAGUUCCAAAGCCAUGGAGUCAAUUGGUUGCCCAUCAUCCCCUUCUCUUCCACCCCAUUCUUUCCUCAGUCACCACUCCGCCAAACCAAGAAGAAGAAGUGCACAGCUUCUCCUUCUAACAAAGUCACCAAAACACAGACAUAACCUUCUCUUCCUUGCGGUAUCUCCCACUCAGCAAGCUCUCAGCAACAGUCUCAAUGCAGCUGCCACCUCCCCAGCAGCAGCAGGUGACUUGUCGGUCCUCGUUCCGAUCAGUGCCCUGCUGUUGUUCAUCUACUGGGUUACUAAUUUCAUCGUUCCGGGGAUGAUAACUAAGGAGCUUCAAUCUGCGACCUCAGAACAAGAAGCGGGCACCGAGGAAGAGAAGGAAGAAGGCACGGUCGAACCACCAAACCUGAAGAUAAAGAAAAGCCGAGGCAUGAGGAAGACAACUACUCUACUCUGAAACACUUGCAGUCUCAAAUAUAUCCAUACAUACAUACAUAUAUGAAACCAGCAUCAAGUUUGUAUUGAACUCUGUUUCAUGAAUUUAUUCCUUUUCCUUUGAACAAUGCAUAAAUAUAUGUAUAUAUUGCCAAUGUU